UGAAACUUUUGAAUAACAUGUGCAAAUUUUUCAAGAAAUCAAAUUUUUUUCAUAAAUUUCCAUGCAUUUUUCAUAUAUACAUAUCUGUAAAAUCAUUUCAACAUGUCGGUGUAAUUAUUCUUAAUUUUUAUAACAUCGGUUUAACGUGAAAUAUAAUAAUGGGUACAAAUUCAUUCUUAUCGACAUAGUUUAUAGACUUAAACAGUACAAUAGUAUACGCCGCACAGAUAUGAUAUCAUUUGCAUUAAUAUGGAAAAUUCAUCAUUACAAGAAGUGAAUUAUGUACCCAGCGAUGGCGCAGAAAAUAUAAUUAAACUGAGUCCUAGUAAUGUUCGAAAAAAAUCUGACACCAUCUUCUUGAGGUUUGUGAUACUCUCAGCUGUACUGCUACAACUUGAGGGAUCAGCAUUUUGGAUAUGGCCUUCACCAGCGAUAGUAAAAAUGAAAUCCGAAGAUCUCGAUUCUAAUCCAUUAGGACGCGUCAUAACAACUACAGAAAUAACUUUAUUGGUAGGUAUACCGGGAUACGUUUCUCUCAUUGGUGGAGCUAUUCUACCAAAAAUAUCAGACAUAUUAGGGAGAAACAGAAGUUUGCAUCUUCUCGGUCUUGCUAUGUUGUUGUGCGCUAUAGGACUAGCUUAUAGUAAUAAUAUAUAUUUGAUAAUAAUAUUUUUGACACUCUUUCAAACUGUAUCUGCUGGAAUUUGGGGAAUCCUUCCAGUGUAUAUAACAGAAAUAUGUGAAGACCACAAUAGAGCUAAAUAUGGCUGUGUUAUGUCUAUUUUUUCACCGGUUGGACAACUUUAUGGUUAUGUUACAGGAAGCUAUUUCAGUUUGAGAAGUUUUACCUUCAUAUUAGCAACGCCGUUAUUUGUUUUUCUUCUAUGUUUUCUAUUUGCUCCGGAGAGUCCGGUUUAUUCUUUAUCAAGAGGAAGAAAAGAAGAAUGCAUCAAAACGUUGAAAAAGCUGCGAAAUAAUAAAACUGAUAUAGAAUUACAAACCGAUUUAUAUCAUAUUAAUAAAAGUUUAAUAGAAAAAGAGGAGGUUCAGCAAACUAGUAAAAUUAAUAUUGUGCAACUUUUUACUAUGAAAGAAGGGCGAAUAGGAUUGAUUUUAGCUGCGUUGCCUAUCCUUGCUCAGUCAUUCUCCGGAGUGCCCGUUAUGAUGCCUCUACUAGCACCCAUUUUCAAUGAUUUGGGAUCAGAUUUGUCUGGUAAUACUAUAUCUAUUAUCAUUGGAACGGUUAAAGUACUCACUUUCUCAUUAACUUCUUUAAUAAUAGAAAUAACUGGUAGGAGAUUGAUGUUGAUUUGCUCUUCUGUCGGAGCUGGUGUAAUGGUAUCACUUGUAGGAAUAUCUUUCUAUUUGAAAACUACUAAAUCGGCUGUAGCUGAUCAAUUAGAAUAUGUUACAUUGGCAGGUAUUAUAUUAUAUGUACUUCUUUAUUCUAUUGGCCUUGGUCCGAUUCCAAUGGCCGUGAUGAGCGAAUUAUUUUCUCCUGAACUAAGAUCCAGCGCUCUCUCAUUCCUCUCGAUAACCACAAAUCUCGCCCUCACAGGAUACUCAUCGAUUUUUCCUUUGCUAGCCGAGUGUAUAGGCACUUAUUCUUGUUUCUGGAUUUUUGGAGUAACUUGUUUUAUUCAAGCAUUGAUUUUUAUCGCCGUGUUUCCCGAAACCAAAGGAAAAAGUAUAGUCGAAAUACAAGAUAUGUUAAGAAAUUAUAAAGUAUUCAAAUAAAAAUCCAAUUAAA